GUUGACUUGCCUUUCCAUCCAUUCAUCCAAAGAGGGUUCUUCUUUCUGAGCGACUCACUCGUUAUUGUUGUUUUGGCAUCGUCGUCGUCGAUUGAUCACACUCUCGCUUCCUGGUCGAUUGAUUGAGUCUUCAGCCGUUUCGGAAUUGGAUAGCCUUGCGGGCUGUGGUGUGACUUUGGCCUCACUUUUGGCAUAGCUACGAUCCGGACUUUGGUUUUAUCGAACAGACAGUCAAGACGAUCGGUCAGAAUGGGGAAAGCAGGCCGUUUCGCGUGCAUUUUUGUGCCCAUGGGCCUCACCAUAGCUUCGUUGCUGUGUCUGUUGCUCGUCUUUCUGGGUGGACUGAGCAAGUCCAACGCCCUAGGAAGCCUGUAUUUCAUGCAGCUAGACGCCUCAAACUUCACCGCGAACCCCGAUCUCAGCGCCGUCGACUUCACCGACAUCGACGACCAGUUCCUCGACAUGUUCAAGAGCUCGUUUGCAAAGGGCGACCUGAAGGACUUUUACAACAUCUACAUCUGGAACUACUGCGAUGGCACGGCAGACGACAAAUCGGGCGAUAAGACGAUCGACCACUGCUCGUCCCGCCAGGCGGCGUACUGGUUCAACGUCAAGGAGGUGUGGGGCAUGGACGGCGCCGCGCUGGCCGACCACUUCCCGAAGGCGCUCGACGACGGCCUGAAGGUGUACGAGAAGGUCGCAAAGUUCAUGUUUGCCUGCUAUACUGUGGCCUUUUGGGUGACUGUCGCGGAGAUUGUGGUGGGUAUUCUGGCCAUCUUCUCGCGGUGGGGCAGCCUGUGCACGACCAUUGUGUCAACCGCCGCCGGCAUCUUCGUCACCGCCGCCGCAAUAACCUCGACCGCGCUCUUCGCCACCUUCACCGGCAUCGUCAACACCUCCCUCAAGCCCUACCACAUCCACGCCUCCAUGUCGACCAAGAUGCUCGCCAUCGUCUGGCUGGCCGUCGCCUUCAACGUCGGCGCCGGCUUCUUCUGGCUCAUCUCGACGUGCUGCUGCUCCGGCAAGAGCGACCCCAAGCACAAGAAGACGACGUUUGCCCAGCGCACGCCGUACACGUAUGAGCCGCUGCACGACCACCACCAUGCCGGUGGUGCUGUUCCGCUGGGGCAGAUGGGUCCUGGUGGGGCCUACAAGGGCGGAAAUAAUGCGUAUGAGCCGUUUAGGUCGCAUGCUUGAGCGGCUUGGUGGUGGUAGUGGUGGUGGUGAUGGGGACGGUAGCGAUUUGAGGGGGUGUGGGCAUGUUUUUACAUUCGUAAAAUCUCACGAGUGAACGAUCUUUUCUUUUUUGAUAAUGCGCUCGGAUACCACGACGGUUUUGGGGUUCAUUGGGCUGGUGACGUGGAGACAAAAUGUGGGG